GNCCAUGCUUCCUUCUAACUAACUGUAUUUGUCCAGGAGCAUGGAUUUUGACAGGGGGGUUGAAAGAGGGUGUUUCCCGCUGUGUAGGAGAGGCUGUGAAAGACCAUGGGGCUGCAGCUUCAGCUGUGUCCCAGAAAAAAGUCAUUGCGAUUGGAGUGACGCCUUGGGGUCUGGUACACAACAGACAGCAGCUUGUCAACGCCCAGGGAAGUUUCCCAGCUCGCUACUAUGUCCAGAACACAACACAUGAUACAUACUGUUUGGACAACAGCUGCCAAGCUUUCCUCUUAGUGGACAAUGGGAGUAUUGGCCAGCGAGGUGGAGAGGCAGUCUUUCAAGUUAAUCUGGAGGACUACAUUUCCCAUCAGCGCACAGGCAUGUGGGGUAGUGGCAGUAUUGAAAUUCCUGUCCUUUGCAUGCUUAUCUCAGGAGAAACCAGAAUGUUGGAGAGAAUAGACACAUCCCUCAAAAAAUCAACGCCCUGGUUGGUUCUUGCUGGUUCUGGUAAGGCAGCAGAUUUCAUCACAGCAGUGGUCCUCAGCCCUACCCCUCCUGCAGCAGAUGGGGAGGCUGACAAGAGUGUCAGCGCAGAGUUCUGUGACUGGGUUCGUGAGAAGGCCCGGAAACACUUCCCAGCUGAGGUCGAGUUUGAAAAACUGGUCGAUACUGCUUUGAGUAUUUAUCAGAGGAGAGAUCUCAUUACUGUUUUUCAUGGAGAACAGGAGGGCUCUGAUGACUUCGACACAAUUCUCCUCAAAGCCCUGGUGAGAGGUAGUAAACGUUUGAGCAGGAAGUGGGAGCAUGCAAUGCGUUAA